ACGAGCAAACAACAUAAGCGCGCGCGCCCGGUCCAAGGACAUACAUACAUAGAUAUCCUGGCUCCAGUCUCCAGUCACCAGCCACUCCACACCACCUCAUCCAUCGCCUCCAUCGAAAUGGCAAUGCUUAAUGAGGCCAGCUUGAGUCCUGCGGACGCACAUGCUCAUGCCAAUGUCACCGCGCCCACGCACAGCAAGGCGGCGGCGUUGGCCAGUGCCAACACAAUGCUGACCACAAAAACGCCGUUCUCCAUCGAGCAUAUAUUGUUUCAAAAUUUAAAUAGUGCCAGCAAUAAUCAUAAUAAUAAUAACAAUAAUAAUAAUAGUAACAUCACCGCCAAUAGUAACAAUUAUGUGCAAAAGAGUGGCAAAAAUGCGUUCAAAAGUUCGAGGAACAGCUUUGCCCACGACAAUAAUCCACACAAACAUCCGUCGCAACAUUCGCAUCCGCUGCAAUCACAUCCGUCGGCAUCCGCAUCCGUAUCCGCAUCCGCGACUGCAACAAACCGUGGUAAUAAUGGAGCGUCGGGAUAUGGCAGCGAGGAUUACGCCAAGUCCUUGCACAACACUCAACGGUCUAACCAUCACUCACGUCCCGGAGCUUCCCACUACAGCGGAGAUCAGACUUCUCAGCAAUUGGGAUCUGCGGCAGGACAGCAUCCGCCGGUACCAACGCCUCAGCCACCACCUCCGCCACCCCUGAGCGGAGGAACUGGCGGAUCCAAUGGAGUUUUAUAUCCAAACGCCCCGUACACCGAUCACGGAUUUCUUCAAAUGACCCUCGGCUAUCUGUCCCCAUCGUCGGGCACUUACAAGUCCGUGGAUCCCUAUUUUCUUUCACAAGCCAGCCUUUUCGGGGGAGCACCCUUCUUCGGAGCGCCAGGUUGUGUGCCUGAAUUGGCCCUCGGAUUGGGAAUGGGCGUGAAUGCCCUGCGCCACUGCCGCCGGAGGAAGGCCCGUACGGUGUUCAGCGAUCCGCAGCUGUCCGGCCUGGAAAAGCGAUUCGAGGGCCAGCGAUACCUUUCGACGCCGGAGCGCGUGGAACUGGCCACUGCCCUGGGACUCAGCGAGACCCAGGUGAAGACCUGGUUCCAGAACCGCCGCAUGAAGCACAAAAAGCAGCUGCGCCGGCGCGACAAUGCCAAUGAGCCCGUUGACUUCUCACGCAGCGAACUGGGAAAACAGCCGGGCGAGGCCACCUCCUCCUCCGGAGACUCCAAGCAUAGCAAACUAAAUACCGGAUCCGGAGGCACGCCCACUCAGCCCACAAGUGAGCAGCAGCAGCUGCAGAUGUGCCUCAUGCAGCAGGGAUACUCCACGGAUGACUACUCGGAUCUGGAGGCGGACAGUGCCGACGAGGACAACUCCAGCGACGUGGACAUCGUCGGCGAUGCGAAACUCUACCAGUUAACAUAGAUAGUUCGAUCGGGAUAAAGACCUGAAUCUUAAAUUAGUAAUGUUUUCGGUAUUUUAGAUGGGGAAAUACAACCUAUAAGUAUUUUUUAAUUCAUAAGUCUUUUGAUUUCUUAGGUUUUACGUUUUUAUUCAACUUUAAAAAGCCAAGUAAUCUGAAAAUUGUAAGACCCAUUAACUAACCACAACUUUUAAUAUACAUAUAUAUUUUACACACACAUGUUAUACUCGUUAUCGACCUUAACCACAUUUGAUUUAUAAAUAGUUAUGUUUUAUCAGCACUUGUAAGGUUUACUUAACCAUAUCUGAGUGUCAACCAGAACGAAUCGAAUCAUAGUUCCUUUAAAAUUGCCUAAUUUUACCCCAGAGUUUUUCAGAACCAGUUAUCUUGAGCAACAUCUGUUUUAUAACUCCAACUCUUAGCAUGAAGAACAAUAUUUCAAUAAUAUUGAAGUUGUAUUUCCCCCCCAUCUUUAAAUUAAAAGAAAAACCCAUGUAAAUACUAACGAGUUCUUGAAAGAGCUGCAUUCUAGUCAUGUAUUAAAUCUUAAAUCUAAUCAAAUUUAGUGAUUGUAUUCGAGAACUUCCAUUUUAAGGUAUUUUAUUUCCCUGCGACGUCUUAUCCAGAACAUAGUGCUUACAAUAAACCAAACAGAGCAGAAUUAUGUGAAUA